CCAGACUGCUUCGCUCUGUUAAGCUGCUUUAUCACUUGUUGCGCCGCUGUUAACAAGUCAUCCACAGGUUUUCAUCGAAUCGCGUUGGGAAUUUACCCAAAAGCGAUUUUCGUUUCGCUGCAACAGGUUACCAGCGCCGCCAACCCCUCAUCCAACGGGCACUCUUGCAUCCGGAGCCGCAUGAAUCAGUCGCAACCGGUUGAACCGCCCGCCCAUAAGUGAAAGAUGAGUGGCGUCCAGACCGCCGAAGCCGAGGCGCAGGCCCAAAACCAAGCGAAUGGCAACAGGACCAGGUCGCGUUCCCACUUGGACAACACAAUGGCCAUCCGACUGCUGCCGUUGCCCGUGCGAGCCCAGCUAUGUGCCCACUUGGAUGCCCUAGACGUAUGGCAACAGCUGGCCACGGCCGUAAAACUCUAUCCCGACCAGGUGGAGCAGAUAAGCAGCCAGAAGCAGCGUGGCCGCUCAGCCUCCAAUGAGUUCCUCAACAUUUGGGGCGGUCAGUACAAUCACACGGUGCAAACAUUGUUUGCUUUGUUCAAAAAAUUGAAGCUUCAUAACGCCAUGCGUCUGAUCAAAGAUUACGUUAGCGAGGAUCUGCACAAGUACAUACCGAGGAGCGUGCCCACCAUCAGCGAGCUGCGCGCUGCUCCCGAUUCCAGUGCCAAAGUAAACAACGGCCCGCCGUUUCCCUCCUCCUCGGGCGUCAGCAACUCAAACAACAAUCGCACCAGCACAACGGCAACGGAGGAGAUACCCAGCCUGGAGUCCCUGGGCAAUAUACACAUUAGCACCGUACAGCGGGCAGCCGAAUCCUUGCUGGAGAUCGAUUAUGCGGAGCUAGAAAACGCCACGGACGGCUGGAGUCCGGAUAAUCGACUGGGACAGGGCGGAUUCGGAGACGUGUACCGCGGCAAAUGGAAGCAACUGGACGUGGCCAUCAAGGUGAUGAACUACCGCAGUCCCAACAUCGACCAGAAAAUGGUGGAGCUGCAGCAGAGCUACAACGAACUCAAGUAUUUAAACAGCAUCCGGCACGACAAUAUCCUGGCCCUCUACGGAUACAGCAUCAAAGGUGGUAAGCCGUGCCUCGUCUACCAGCUGAUGAAGGGCGGCUCCCUGGAGGCUCGUUUACGAGCGCAUAAGGCACAAAACCCACUACCAGCACUCACCUGGCAGCAGCGGUUUAGCAUCAGCCUCGGCACGGCUAGAGGCAUCUACUUUCUGCACACGGCGCGAGGCACACCGCUGAUUCAUGGAGAUAUUAAGCCGGCCAACAUCCUGCUGGACCAAUGUCUGCAGCCAAAAAUCGGAGACUUCGGUCUGGUGCGCGAGGGUCCCAAGUCCUUGGACGCUGUGGUGGAAGUGAAUAAAGUUUUCGGCACUAAGAUCUACCUGCCACCGGAGUUCCGCAACUUCAGACAACUCAGCACGGGCGUGGACGUCUACAGCUUCGGCAUUGUGCUGUUGGAGGUGUUCACGGGUCGUCAGGUGACGGAUCGCGUGCCGGAAAACGAGACGAAGAAGAAUUUGCUGGACUACGUUAAGCAGCAGUGGCGGCAAAACCGGAUGGAGCUGCUAGAGAAGCACUUAGCAGCACCGAUGGGCAAGGAGCUGGACAUGUGCAUGUGCGCCAUCGAGGCGGGCUUGCACUGUACUGCCCUGGAUCCGCAGGAUCGCCCAUCCAUGAACGCGGUGCUCAAGCGUUUCGAACCGUUUGUUACCGACUAGAUGGGCCUUAUUAUGUUACCAUUUUAUUGACGAACUUGAAAAGCUCGAAGGACCAUUUGUAAACCAUUUCCACAUUUUGUGAUCAAUCGCAAUAUAUAUUUUUAACUUUAACAUUCCAACGAAAAUUUCCCUAAAGACUUAUUGUUAUGCUUAAAUUGUAAAUGCUUACCCUAUUGUUUAUUAAAUAUUUUUGUACACUU